AUGAAGUCAAAGCAGCAACAACAGCCAAUCACAGCCUCCCAUGAUGAGAAUGUGCCUACAACCGAGACGACAAUCGCCCAUCAGGAAAGUUCACAAAAGGGGUAUAUUAUUGGAGGGAAACACCGCGACACAGUGUGCGAGGAGGAUUCACAAGAGUUUGACAACCGGUUAUUACAGGAGGUAGACAUUGAUCUUCCUCUUACCGUGACCAAGCCGACAGAACAUAAUGGGCAGCACUUCAUUAUUCUGGAGUUUGCCGAGGGGGAUAAAGAAAAUCCAUUCAAUUGGAGUGGGAAGAGAAAAGCGUUUAUCAGUCUUCUUCUUUGUUUGAUGACUCUCUUCAUCGGCCUUGCCACAACAGCAUAUAGCUCGGGUAUCUCUCGAAUGACUGAGGAUCUGGGUGUCUCCUCAGAAUUGGGACAGCUGGGCCUCUUCACCUUCAACUUCACCUGCGCUCUUGCGCCGCUCUUCCUGGCCCCAUUCUGUGAACUGGCAGGUCGACGAGUCGUUUACGUCGGUGCUUAUGUGUGCUUCGCUCUCAUGUUCAUUGGCCUCUCGUUGGGCAAGAACAUUGCCACUAUCCUGGUCUGCCGUGCUCUGCUGGGUCUCUUUGGCUGCGUUGGCACUAUCCUCGUCGGUGGCACCUUUGGAGAUAUGUAUACUCCAGCUCACCGUGCCAUCCCCAUGGCCUGCUUUGCCUUCGUUGCUAUCUUCGGUACCGUCGCCGCUCCCAUCUACGCUGGCUUUAUUGACCAAGCUCUCGGCUGGCGAUGGGUUGAGGGUAUUCAAGGUCUGGCCAAUAUCCCCUUGGUUAUUGUCAUUACACUCUGCCUCCCCGAGACUCGCGGUGGCGUGACUCUCAGCCAGCGGGCCAAGAUGAUUCGCCAGUCGACUGGCGAUGAGCGCUUCGUCACCCACAACGAGCUAGAAGCACCAGGUAUCAAGGAGAUGUUGCACAACUCCUCAGUCAAGGCUAUUCAGAUGCUCUUCUCUGAGCCCGUUGUCUUUGCUUUUGGUCUUUGGAUCAGCUUUGCCUGGUUCUUGGCCUUCCUGUUCCUCUCUGCUAUCCCCAUCACCUAUCAGGAGAAGCGUGGCUGGGGCGAGGGCGUGUCGGGCCUGCCCUACAUCGCUCUCUGUGUCGGCACUACUAUCGGUUUCGCUCUCAACUUCUUCCAGAUUCGAAAGUACGAAUCAAUCAUCGCCGACCCCAACAAAGAGGCUCAGCCAGAGGCUCGUCUCUACGGAGCUUUGUGCGGUGCAGUCUGGCUCCCCAUUGGCCUCUUCAUCUACAGCUUCACCCAGUAUAAGGAGCUCUUCUGGUUUGGCCCCAUAGUCGGCCUGGUGCUUAUUGCCAUUGGUAUUUUCUUCAUUUUCGAGUCCUGCUACAGCUACACCUCCGACUGCUAUGGCGAGAACUCAUCUUCUGCCAUUGCCGGCCAGGGUUUCAUGCGUAACACUCUCGGUGCUGUGUCGCCUUUGUUUGCCUCGCAGUUCUUCCACAACCUUGGUAGUCAGUAUGCUGGUCUGCUACUGGCACUCGUUGCUACUUUCUUGACAUUGAUUCCGUUUGUGCUGUACAAGUUUGGACCUGAUUUGCGGGCACGAUCCAAGCUAGCAAGUACUACUAUCAGCCUCGGUACAGGCAGUCUGUAG